AUGGCUACCAGAGUCCAGGUCGAGACGUCGACCAUGUCCUUUGCGAAACCCCGACCCAUCGUCGCUAUCGAGGAGGUCCGAGGCCACGAGGAGCCGAGUAUCCUGGUGUUAUACGAACGAGAUCAAGAGCAGAUUGUUGCAGAGAUAGCUGGUGUGCUCGGUCAACAGUGGCGUCUGAUCGACCCUGAAGACGGCGAUGCCUCUCCCAUUGACGGCACUGUCGUUGGUAUAUGCGGCGCUCAUGAUACAUUGAGAUGGCGAGGCUCCAGCACUGUCCUGGCCACCCACUGUCUAGAUGAUCCCAACCCUGCUGUUGGUUCUCGGUCCUCCAUCUGCGACUAUGAAUACCUCUACACAACCAAGCCUUUCUUCAGGCGAGAUCUGGCCAGGUUUCUCUCUUUCGUUCUCGGCCAGAUCAACCCGCACAAGGACCUCGCGAAGAAGGCAAAGACGACUCUGAUCUCCACAACCUUCCCCGACGUGCAUGCCGCGCUACCGAAUCUCGACAUCCUCUCUGUUGGUGCCGAUGCCAUCGAGAUUCGUGUUGAUCUGCUGAAGGAGACGAAACCCGACGGUUCUUUCAGCGACGUUCCAAGCUUACAAUAUGUCGGUGAACAGUUGAUGACUUUGCGUCAACGAACAGAACUGCCCAUCAUAUUCACCACCCGCUGCACAAAAGAGAACGGCCGAUUUCCUAUGGACGACCCCAAGUUGUUUUACGACUAUCUGUAUCGUGCUGUUCAAUGGGGCUGCGAAUACAUUGAUGUUGAGCUCUGGCUUCCUGAGGACCUUAGGCGCAAACUCGCUUCCCAGAAAGGAAACAGCAAGAUCAUCUCCGCCUUUCACGACUUUUCUGGAAACUUCAAAUGGACAUCGCCCGACGCCCAAAGACUAUUCGGGCAGGGCGCUAUUUACGGAGAUGUUGUCAAGAUGAUCGCUCUUGUGAGCACCAUGCAAGAGAACUACGAGCUUGAGUAUUUCCGAUCCAUCAUUCAGAGCACCUAUCCCUACCCACCUUUCUCUGGUUUGAACAUGGGACCCAUGGGACAGCUUUCAAGAGCCUUGAACAAAAUCUUCACGCCAAUCACACACCCACUAUUACCUAUAAUCGCUGCACCAGGACAGCUCAGCGCUGCCGAGAUCAAUUCCGCCCUCCACUCCAUGGGACAAAUGCCGAAGCUUGAUAUGUACUGCUUUGGUAGCAUGCGCGCUACAGGACAAGCCAUGUUCUUCGAAAAGUGUAUCAACGAGUUGAGCUUACCUCACCAACUUGUUUGUGUCGAGCAAAGCUCCCAGGACGGGCUUGCUACUGUGGUCAAGAUACCACAUUUCGGAGGCGCAUUCAUCAAUCCUCCUAUUGCGGCAUCGGCGCCCUGUCUCCCCUCAAUCUCGGAUGCAGCGGCCUCAAUCGGUCAGAUCGAUACCGUGGUCGCUCGUUCAGACGGUGACAAAACAAAUCUCGUAGGCGACAACGCGACUUGGAAAGGAAUCAGAGCAACUCUUUGCCGAGACUUUGUUCCCUCAGCAUAUAGUGGACAAGCAGCGAUACUAUUGGCCAGCCAAGAGUCUCAAGCAGCAGCGGCGGUAUUCGCACUCCGCAGCCUCAACAUCGGACCAAUCUACACCAUUGGCUUCAAGGUCCAAGGCCCACUGUCUGGGUUCGUCACGCCUUUCAAAGGAUUGGAAGAUGUCAAGAAAGUCGAGCAGCCUGCGGUCAUCAUCUCAGCGCUCCGAGCAGACAAAUCGCUUCUGGUCUCGCCCCUGCUGAAGCACUAUGGAGGCCACAAACCGGAGCAGCGAAAGGCAGCAAAGGUCUUCUUGGACUUGAGCAAUGGACCUCGCAAAGGCGAUCCAGUCGCCCUUGCCGAGACACAAGGCUGGGCCGCCUACGGCAUCGCCGACGUCAACGCAUGGACGACAGUCGAAACACUGAGGCUUCUGGUCGGCCAAAAUGUUCCCUACGAUUUCGUGCGGCUUGCAGCUGGACGAAGUAUUUACUGA